AUGUCCCGGACACCACCACUGCCACGGCUGCCAUGGGGCCGGCCCAGUGUGAAGGCAGCAGUCACUGCUGGGUUGUUUGUCACCGUGCUCUGGAACCUGAAGUGCUUCAUCAACUCGUCUAACAUCUCUGGUGAAGCCCCCAAGCAUACUAAGCCACUGGUGGUCCUGGUGUGGGAAUGGCCUUCAAAUCAGGUCCCGAACAUCAGUGGGGACAUUUGUCAUGAGCUGUACAGCAUUGAGGGAUGCUGGCUCACCGUGGAGCAGCAGCUCCUGCACCAGGCAGACGUGGUGGUGUUUCCUCACACCAGGCUCAAGCAGGGCAGCGACAAGCUGCCUCGGGAGAAGCCACCAGGGCAGAACUGGGUGUGGGUCUCCCUGGAGUCCCCCACAAACACUAAAGCAUUAGCAGGAUGGAACCAGACCUUCAACUGGGUGAUGACCUACAGACGAGACUCAGACAUCUUCAUCCCCUACGGCAAGCUUGUGCCCAACCGGUCAGCCACCAUGAACAUCCCCACGAAGACCAACUUGGUAUCCUGGGUUAUUAGCAACUAUCACAGGACUCAGAAAAGAGCUGAAGUCUACAAGAACCUGUCCAGGUACCUCCACGUGAACAUAUAUGGGAAGGCAAACAGAAAUCCGCUUUGCAAAGACUGCCUUUUGCCAACGACAUCCAAGUCCAAGUUUUACCUGGCCUUCGAGAACUCCAUCCACCGGGACUACAUCACUGAGAAGCUCUGGAGGAACUCCCUGAUGGCUGGCACCGUGCCUGUGGUGCUGGGGCCUUCCCGGGCCAACUACGAGCAGUUCAUCCCCGCAGACUCAUUUAUUCAUGUCGAUGACUUUAGUUCCCUGGCAGAGCUGGCCACCUUCCUGAAGACCAUGAACUCCAGCCGUUACCAGCAGUUCUUCGCAUGGCAGAAGAAGUACAGUGUGAAGCUCUACGCAGACUGGAGGGAGCGCAUCUGUACCAUCUGUGCCAUGUACCCCAGCCUGCCCCAAGGCCGUGUCUAUCCCGACCUGGAGAGCUGGUUCAACACCUAG